AUGAUCAACGUGACCAACACCACACAGGAUGCAUCCAUCCAUCCUCCUCCCCCUAUCUCCCCCAAUCUUUUGAUUGAUUCUGUUGCUUCCGCCAGUGGGACUUUUCUGCCAGUGGGUUUGUUGCUUCCCACUGGUAGGCCCUUUCCUCCUACCAGUGAACCUGUCAUCUCUCGCCAGUGGACCUUUUUAUAUAGCCGCCAGUUGCCGGUUGCCGGUUGCCAGUUGCCAGCCGCCCAUUUUCCUUCCACUGGCGGGUCCAUCUAUCUCACUGGUAGGAGCCAUUUAUCCCACUGGUCGGACAUUUGCUUCCUGUUGCUUCCUGUUGCUUCUGCCGGGGAACUCGAUGGUUCCAUUUCUGCCGCAAAGUUGUCGGCUAUGUCGUGUCCUCAAGACACCUCGUCAAAAGCCGAUAAGGCUCACCAGAAGCCCAACAAGGGCGCCUAG